AUGUACGUGAGCUACCUCCUGGACAAGGACGUGAGCAUGUACCCCAGUUCCGUGCGCCACUCGGGCGGCCUGAACCUGGCGCCCCAGAACUUCGUCAGCCCCCCGCAGUACCCGGACUACGGAGGCUACCACGUGGCGGCGGCGGCGGCCAACUUGGACAGCGCUCAGUCCCCCGGGUCUUCGUGGCCCGCCGCCUACGGUGCCCCACUCCGCGAGGACUGGAACGGCUACGCGCCAGGGGGCGCCGCGGCCGCCGCCAAUGCCGUGGCGCAUGGCCUCAACGGGGGCUCCCCCGCCGCCGCCAUGGGCUACAGCAGCCCCGCCGACUUCCACCCGCACCACCACCCGCACCACCACGCGCACCACGCGCCCACCGCGCCGCCUUGCGCCUCGGGACUGCUGCAGACGCUCACGCCCGGGCCGCCGCCUCCCGCAGCCCCCUCCGCCGCCGAGCAGCUGUCCCCCGGAGGCCAGCGGCGGAACCUGUGCGAGUGGAUGCGGAAGCCGACGCAGCCGUCCCUUGGGAGCCAAGUGAAAACCCGGACGAAAGACAAAUACAGAGUGGUGUACACGGACCAUCAGCGGCUGGAGCUGGAGAAAGAGUUUCACUACAGCCGCUACAUCACCAUUCGCAGGAAGGCCGAGCUGGCCGCCACGCUGGGGCUCUCCGAGCGGCAGGUUAAAAUUUGGUUCCAGAACCGUCGAGCCAAGGAAAGGAAAAUCAACAAGAAGAAGUUACAGCAGCAGCAGCAGCAGCAGCAGCAGCAGCAGCCACCGCCGCCGUCCCAACAGCCACCACCCCAGCCUCAGCCUGGCCCUCUGAGAAACAUCCCGGAGCCCCUGAGCCCCGUGUCUUCCCUACAGGGUGCGGUCCCUGGGGUUCUGGGACCAGCUGGAGGCGUGCUGAACCCCACUGUCACCCAGUGA